CUGUUGAGCUGUCUGACGUAUUCACUUGGAAGCUAUUACAUUGAAAUAACCCAAUAUGGCGGGGGGAACACGUGAGAAGAAAAUUUCUACUGAAAAAUAUUGCGAAUUCAGGGGAAAAUUCUUGAGUUUUAUUGACACAUCUGGACCCUGACGUCUUUCAGGAAUUUUUUUAGUUUGAGUUUUACAAUUUUAUUCGAAAUGUGAAUUCUCGUGAAGAACAAAGUCACAAAUAAUCUGCCUAAUCCCCUCGGACUCAAUAGAAAGUUCGACAUAGAUUAGACCGAAUUUUCUAGCGAAAUGACUAGAUUUCUCCGCAACAUUUAUGCCUCCCCCCGCCCCCCAAGUCCAAAGAAACAUUGAAAGAAAAUAAUUUCCUAUGCAGGUCUCGACUCACACAUUACAUCAACCAUGUGGCCACUCGGUAUAUCCAUUCUCCCCCUUUUUUCCCCACUUGCCCAUCCUCACGAUUUCUCUCCCCGAUGACGGUUAAACCCGAGAAAUGGCACACAUUCAUCGAAAAAAAAAAUCGUCUGAUGUGCUGCGAAAUUACGGACAUUUCUGCGAACGGUGAAAAGGAAGCUGUCGUCACUCUCUCCAUUUAAACGCUCAGUUGGAAGACCCAAUGGUGUUUUCAUAAGGGGAUUUUUCCCACCAGUUCUCACUAUUGAUCCACUCCAUCCUGCGUUUAACUUCACGAACAUUCCAAGGCGGCUCUCAUCAGAUUUCUUCGUGAAAUAAAAGGCAUUGAAUUCCAUUACCAUCGACGAAUAUCCCAAAAUGUCACCGAUAAAAUUCAUUAUUGGGGGCACAUCAAAGUGUUCAUCCUUAUCGAAAUGUGAUUAUCCGAAAGUGAGAUUCUCAUUUCAAAGUUGGUUGGAACUUUGUGCUGGAGAAGACUGUAAUAUGCCUCGAGGACAUCCACUUCGCAAAGAUACAUUCAAGUCAAUCCAGCUGUCACCAUUGAGCAAAUACACUGUUGGCAACGAUCCACCAACAUUUUCUAUGGGGGAUGACAUGAAACCACCACCAGAAACUAAUUUCUCACCUAGUUCAAGCAGUUCACCAGCUCCUUCUAUCCAUCAAUUUUGGGAAGACACAUGGCCAGGAUUGAGGAAAAAUCGUACGCGAGUUGGUGGGAAUGAUGGAGACUCUGGAAUGUCAGGAUACAUCGCUCAAUUUGAAGAGAAACCUGUCAGAGAUUGUUUCGUCGCUGCUGAGGAUGAAAAGUCUGAGAAACAUUUGAUGUUUUUGAUACCGAAGGGUAAUCAUAGGUUCAGCGGACCUGAAAGCCUUGGAACUUGUACUUCAUGGGGUUCAGGCCCGGGUGUUGGGGCCCUGAGACGAUUUAGGGAGUCUUCGUGCAUGUUCCAUCCUGAAUGGAUCCAAAAAUUAGGGGGAUCACUCGUCAGACGAUUUUUUUCCUGCUCUCCAGGACCUGGAGAUGAUGAAAAUUCCGAGAAGUCAAGAUGCAUCAUUCAAUUUCCAGAGAAACCCACCAAAAAUUGUUUUUUUCCUCCCGAGGAUAAAAAAUAUGAGAAACACUUGCCAUUCUUGACAGCUGUUGACAGCUACAGAUUCAACGGACCGAAAAAAUCGGUUGAAUUGACGAAUUUCUCUGAAUCUCAUCCGAAUAUCCAGACCUUUAAACAUCGACUGAGCAAAUCUCCAUGCAUCUCUAACUCUGAAUGGAUGAAGAAGUGUGUGCAGCCCCUGUCAUCAAAUCUCCCUCCAAAAGUGAAAAGAAAAUUUAAUGUACCCCAGCCGGCCCGCGUCCUGCCGAUAUCUCGCAAGUCCAGUGAAUGGAAAAAUCAAAAAUCAAAUAUUCGAGGGAGAAUAUCUAAGUGUCCUCUGACAAAAUGGAAUAACACAUGCCCAUCCGGAGCAGAAAGUACACUGCGUGAGCCAAGUUGGAUUCCAGUGGUGACCGAUAUUUCACUGAAGGUGGGGCGAUCGAAGGUACAACUGGAGCAAAUGCCAGAGCUGGAAGGGAAUCUCUGCUGUCAUCUUGGGAAAUGCCGGAAUCUCAAGAAUUAUGAAAUGAAAAUGGAGGAGAGUAGAGCAGUCGCCAAGGAUAAUAAAAAGAAAUGAUGAAUUUUUUAAUGCCAAGUUUUCGUGAUAAAUUAUGUAAAAGGGUGAAUUCGCAGCUAAUGGCGAGAAAAACUUUAUUUUAUGCAAUUCUCCUGGAAUAUGGAGGGAUAAUAUGAAAUUUUUAGUUGAAUACUAACGACAUAAACUUCAACAUUUCACAUGGAUUUGCAUUUCCCUUGUUUUAUUCUGAAUUAUAUUCUCUUCAACCCCUUUGGAAGAACGGCAAAGUAAUUCUGUAGCGAGAGUUAUUAAUUAUUAAUUGGAGUGAUUGAGUGUUUAUAUCAAUUAAUGUCUGCAAUUUAAAUUUUUAAAUGACACAUUUUAUGAAACACUAUCCCAAGAUUAUACUAAUGAAUCAAUCUCUC